AUGUCGCCAAAUGAUCUGAACGUCAUUGAAGAGCACAUCGUUCCGGUGUUCUCAAGUCUCAACGUGCUCUGCUCUCUGGCCGCCAGAAUGAUGCCGCCUAUAUACCUUCUCACGGCUACAGAAGACUCUCCUCACCAGGACCUUACAGAUUCUAGACGACGGCUCGUUGAGAUUUCGGAUAUCUGCAUUCGGUUCAUGAACGAUGCCAUCUCCAAAGCAGCUAUUUUCGAAACAGAUAUGGAAGAUUUCGUUGAACAGUUCAAACUUCAAACAAGGCUGGAUGCAUGGUACGGCCAGCUGAACAGGCUUGUUGAAAAACUGGAGACUUGCGGCAAGCCGGUUCAACAAGACGCGCUCAACCUACUUCUCGUGCAUUACAAAGUCAUCUACAUUUGGAUACGAGUCUGCACUAUAGCUGGCGAGACAGCCACAGACUGUUACCACAAGGACUUUGAAGAGCUUGUGAAUUAUGCCGAGCAAUUCGCCAAGCCCGACACGGAAAGGCCAGCACCACAACCUCUGUCGUUUGAGAUACAGAUCCUCGGGCCUCUUCAUUAUGCCGCGCUUAAGUGCCGUCAUCCCACAAUACGAAGACGUGCGCUGCAAUUGCUGAAAUUUGCGCCUCGGAGGGAAGGUCUUUGGAAUGGACAUUACGCGUACGUGACGGCCAAGCGCGUGAUCGAGCUGGAAGAAAUGCAGCUCGACGAACGUGGUUUGCCAGCCGAGACUUCGAGAGUCGAUGAAUCACGGAUCUACAACCCGAAUGAGACGCCUUUUGACUCUCGGAAUGUUGAUUUCACUGUAGUGCCCAGUCCGGCUUGCCCAGGCACGAUCGAGUUCGUGUUCCAGACGAAGCCAUUGGGCUUGCUGGGAGAGUGGCAGACAAGUACAGAGUAUUUGAAGCUAUGA